AUCAGGGGGAUUUAAUGAGGUUGCUCUGUGCUUUCCCUGAAGCCAUGUCCUCCAGCAGCUCCUGCCCCCCCUCGUGCCUAGCCCUGGUGGCUCUCUUCUUGGCUCUGUUGCUCCAUUUCUCCCUCUCCUUCCACGCUGGAGACAGGAGACCCUUGCCUGUAGACAGAGCUACAGGUUUGAAGGAAAAGACCCUGAUUCUACUUGAUGUGAGCACCAAGAACCCAGUCAGGACAGUCAAUGAGAACUUCCUCUCUCUGCAGCUGGAUCCUUCCAUCAUUCAUGAUGGCUGGCUCGAUUUCUUAAGCUCCAAGCGUCUGGUGACCCUGGCCCGGGGACUCUCGCCCGCCUUUCUGCGCUUCGGGGGCAAAAGGACUGAUUUCCUGCAGUUCCAGAACCUGAGAAAUCCGGCGAAAAGCCGCGGGGGCCCGGGCCCGGAUUACUAUCUCAAAAACUAUGAGGAUGACAUUGUCCGGAGUGAUGUUGCCUUGGACAAACAGAAUGGCUGUAAGAUUGCCCAGCACCCUGAUAUAAUGCUGGAGCUCCAGAGAGAGAAGGCAGCUCAGAUGCAGCUGGUUCUUCUGAAGGAGCAAUUCUCCAAUACUUACAGUAACCUCAUAUUAACAGCCAGGUCUCUAGACAAACUUUAUAACUUUGCUGAUUGCUCUGGACUCCACCUGAUAUUUGCUCUAAAUGCACUGCGUCGUAAUCCCAAUAACUCCUGGAACAGUUCUAGUGCCCUGAGCCUGUUGAAGUACAGUGCCAGCAAAAAGUACAACAUUUCUUGGGAACUGGGUAAUGAGCCAAAUAACUAUCGGAGCAUGCAUGGCCGGGCAGUAAAUGGUAGCCAGUUGGGAAAGGAUUACAUCCAGCUGAAGAGCCUGCUGCAACCCAUCCGGAUUUACUCCAGGGCCAGCCUGUAUGGCCCCAAUAUUGGACGACCCAGAAAGAAUGUCAUUGCUCUCCUAGAUGGGUUCAUGAAGGUGGCAGGAAGCACAGUAGAUGCAGUUACCUGGCAACAUUGCUACAUUGAUGGCCGGGUGGUCAAGGUGAUGGACUUCCUGAAAACUCGUCUGUUAGAUACACUCUCUGAUCAGAUUAGGAAGAUUCAGAAAGUGGUCAAUACAUACACUCCAGGAAAGAAGAUUUGGCUUGAAGGCGUAGUGACCACCUCAGCUGGAGGCACAAACAAUCUAUCAGAUUCCUAUGCUGCAGGAUUUCUAUGGCUAAACACUUUAGGAAUGUUGGCCAAUCAGGGCAUUGAUGUUGUGAUACGACAUUCAUUUUUCGACCACGGAUACAACCAUCUGGUGGACCAGAAUUUUAACCCAUUACCAGACUACUGGCUUUCUCUCCUUUACAAGCGUCUGAUUGGCCCCAAAGUCCUGGCAGUGCAUGUAGCUGGACUCCAGCGGAAGCCACGACCAGGAAGAGUCAUCCGAGACAAACUAAGGAUCUACGCUCACUGCACAAACCACCACAACCACAACUAUGUCCGUGGCUCUAUUACACUUUUCAUCAUCAACCUACACCGAUCAAGGAAGAAAAUCAAACUGGCCGGGACUCUCAGGGACAAGCUCGUGCACCAGUACCUGCUGCAGCCCUAUGGGCAGGAAGGCCUAAAGUCCAAGUCAGUGCAGCUCAACGGCCAGCUCUUAGUGAUGGUGGACGAUGGGACCCUUCCAGAACUGAAGCCCCGCCCCCUGCGGGCCGGCCGGACACUGGUCAUCCCUCCAGUCACCAUGGGCUUUUAUGUGGUCAAGAAUGUCAAUGCUUUGGCCUGCCGUUAUCGAUAAACCACCCUGUGUUCCUGAGCUGCUGGUGGGCCUGCUGGACUGCUUUCUACUCUUCCACCCUUGUAGCACCCUUAUUCCUCAGACAUCUUUAGCAACCAGCCUCUACUCCCAUGAUGCUGAGGCAACAUAGACUCCCCAAAGAGACAAAACAUUAUAGUGUGAGCUUAGCCUAGGUAGGUGGCAUCCAUCCCUAAGGAAAAUGUAGACAUCCUCUGUUCCUAUGCAAAGAUAAAGGUGUGUGUUCACACACAAACAGGCUGACAGCAACUGUCCAGAGCAGUGUUUCCAAACAGCUGCCUAUGGUCCUGAUCAGCAGUGUAACCAGCUGCAACCCUUGGGCCCUAGCCUACUGCUGCUGCCCUCAGCAGAGGAUGAGGAGGGGAAAGCAAGGUGGGAGGGCUGCUGCAAAUCUAAUCCUUUUUUUAAGUCCUCCUUUGUCUGUUUCCUGCUGCUGCCUUGGGUUUCCUGACACCUCUCUUCCCAGAGGGAGCAAAUGGGUGAGUCAGCGCUGGCCUGCUGGGUGAGCUGUUUAUAUAAUUUCCUGGCUGAUGUAUGAGUGUCUGCAUCUGGGUUUCUGACAAUGGCAUCCAUCACUGGCUGGUCCUCCGGGAAGCGGGUGCUUCCCAAGUAGAAUUACAGUCAUCCCCAGCAUUCAUAAGGCUCUGUUCCUCUGUGAAUCAAGAGUCCCUCAGGCCUGGAAUGGGCGUCAGGUAACAGUAUUCAUUGAGUGGAGAGCAAUGUAUUAGGCUCCACAAAAAGAAAUCGUCAUUCUUCAUGUUGCCAGCAGGGAGGGAGUUGUAGCACAAAGAAGAAAAAGCACACGGCAACAUGAAGCACGCACACACCAAUCCAACCAAGCAACUUAGACUUUGCCCUCAAACUGAAAGGAUUUCAAAGACUCAAGAUGGUAAGCCCUUAGUUGUCUGAUUGACCAAAAACCAUUUAGAAGAAGGUGUGAAUAGAAGUCACUGUAAACACAGGCGAACCUUUCUGCCUCCCCCCACAUAGCUGAGUCUCAGUGGCAUUUACUAGGAGAAAUCCCAUCUGGUCAUUACGGAUGACCAGAUCCAUCCUGCCCCAGCUGGAUGUCCUUGAGCAUGGUACGAAGUUUUUAGUUAGCUCUACUGAGGAAGAAUGGGGAAUUGGUCUGAAAGCAAAACUGAAAAGUGGUAGGUGGAAGGCUUCUGAGUUGGGCAGGCCGGUGGACUGACUUGGAGUUUAUGACUGGGAGCUUUAUUUCGCUACAGGGUAUGGGAGUCUUUGGAAACAAGCUCAGUCACAAUGACUUUCUGUGGACAUGACUGACCUCAGGAUAAGUGACAUGAAUGGUUCUGCUUUUAAGGAGGAAGGGGAUUCUUGAUAGUUUUGAUGUGAACAGACAGGCCUGGGAAGCAGCUGAGGCUAGCUGCUGAGGAAAGCAGCAGGGGCAUGCCCAAGAUGCCUGAAGAAUAGGAUUUGGUCCAGUUUGCAAAGUGAGAGAUAAGAGGAAGGUCAGACAAGUAAGGUGCCCCAAGAUUUUCAUCUGGGAGAACUAGGAAUCUGGGAGAGGAAAAAGACACCUAUCCUGAUUCUCCAUGUAAGGAAGACAGUGGGAUCAGACUUUGAUGUGCUUAUUUUCAGCACAGGAGGAGCAUCACACAGCAGGUGCAUUAGGGCAAGCAGGAACAGAAGACUGAUGACAGGCUGGACCUGUCAGUGCUCAGCUUGGAAGCAUCUGGAGAUGGCGGUUCAUGAGACUGCUUACCCAGCAAGGCUCCCAGGGAGCUUCCCCUUUUAGGUACCUUCCUUGGAGGCUCCAGCACAGAGAGAAGUGCUGACACUGGAGGCAGGAAGGAAGGAAAGGAGGGACAAAGAGAUGGACCAAAGUCAGAAAGAGCAUGGAAAAGGGAAAGGAACCAGACAGAUGGAUUUUCCUUGAACAUGUAUCAAAAUCUUUUCUAAGUACCUGUCUGGGGCAGCAGCAGGGCCCCUGGGAACAGCAAGCUAAUCAGAGGCCCCUAACGCCAAGCUCUGGGCUAGUUUGCUUUGCCUAUAUAAAAGUCCCAUAAUAAAGAUGCACUGUCAUCCCAUGCACCUGUAGGAAGGGUCCCUACGCUGCCCAUCAUCACCCAGUGGAAUGGGUUUGUUUGAGGAAUAAUCCAGAACCUACUUAGUCACCAAGUUCACUGUCUCUUCAUGUCACAGACUUGUCGCCCUCACCUGGUAGACUCUGCUUUCCAAGACUUCUAGAGCCCCACAUUUUCUGUAAAUAGGAGUUGAUUUUUCACUAAGCUUAACCUCGCACUAGGUCUUUUUUUCUGCCUUUGUCUUUCUUUGUGAAUUAAAU